AUGCCAUCAAACGACGAGAAGAGGUGCUCGGAUACCAUCGCUAUGGUUAAUCCCGAACUGGCUUUAUUUAGAGAUAUGGUUCCUGCAAAUAAGGAAAAUAGCAUCUUGGAGACUGGCGCCGGAAGCUUGAGAGUUGAGUCAAUCGACCUUGAGGUAGAGAAGCGGGUAGUGAAGAAGCUGGAUUGGAGAGUUAUGCCGUUACUCUCAGCUUUGUAUCUGUUGAGCUUCUUAGAUAGGACAAAUAUCGGCAAUGCCCGAAUUGCCGGGAUGGAAAGUGAUCUCCGGCUCAAUGGGUCUCAAUACACCUGGCUCUUGACUAUAUUUUAUAUUUCAUUUAUCGCAUUUCAAUUCCAAGGCGUCAUGUGGAAGAUCAUUCCCCCGCACAUAUGGGCCACCAUUGUUGUCUUCGGUUGGGGGUUAUUUGCGACUUGUCAGGCAGCUGUCCAUUCGUGGGCCGGCGAGAUGGCAUUGCGCUUCCUCCUGGGGGUCGCAGAAGCUGGCUUCAGCACUGGGAUUCCCUACUUACUUUCAUUCUUUUACCGUCGACAGGAGCUUGGGCUGCGCUGUGGGCUUUUCCUUGCCGCUGCGCCUGUUGCAAACACUUUCUCGGGUGCCUUGGCCUAUGCCAUUACAUCCGGGAAAUCUAAGAUUGCUCCCUGGCGGCUACUCUUUCUCGUGGAAGGCCUGCCAACUAUAUUGAUGGCACCUAUAACGUUCUAUUUCCUCCCGGACAGCCCCAGCAAGGCACGGUUUCUGAACGAGGAAGAAAAGAAAGUAGCAGAGGCUAGGGCCGUCCGGCAGGUUGGCCGGGUUGAUCGUGUGGGCAACAUGGACUGGAAAGAUGCCUUCUCUGUGCUUCGUGAUGUGAAGUUGUGGUGUGGUGUGCUUAUAUACUUCAAUUUCGCUAUUAGCUAUGCCUCACUUCCUGUGUUUCUUCCAACACUUCUUGCAGAUAUGGGGUUUACCGCAAUCGAUGCACAGGGCUUGACAGCUCCCCCGUUUUUCCUGGCCAUCCUGGUGACAAUCGGGACCACAUGGGCUGCUGAUAGGCUCCAGCAGAGGGGCAUCAUAGUUGCCAUUCUUUGUCUUGUGACACUCAUUGGAUACGUCCUUCUCGCGGCAUGUACAAGCGUGGCAGCGCGGUACGCUGGGGUAUGGAUUGCUUCUUGCGGUCUAUUCGCGGCUGUUGCAAAUACUACCCCGUGGCUUUUGAAUAACCAGGGAUCAGAUAACCGCCGCGGAAUGUUAUCUGUCGUUUUGAGUCUUCUUGGUCAGAGUGGUACACUCUUGGGUACAAACGUGUUCCCGGAUUCGGAGAGACCUCGAUUUAUCAAGGGCCAGACAAUCUGUGCGGCUUUCGUGAUGUUCAAUUUCGUCAUCGUCGUGGGAUUGAGAACUUUGCUUGUUUAUCAGAACCGGAAGCUCGACCAGAAAUAUGGCACCAUUGAGCAGCAUAGAAAUCGCCAGCAUCAAGAGAAUGCGAUCCUGGUUGUUGCCGAGGAAGAUUACGGGCCGAACUUUCGAUAUGUUCUUUAA